AUUGCAACGACAUUUAUGGUACAGGAGUGUUGCCUGUCAAAAUAACAGGAUUUGGAACAAAGGAAGUUUAUUGUGACAACGGAUGGCUUGUCGUGAUGAGAAGAUAUGACGAUACAAUGAACUUUAAUAAAAACUGGAAUGAAUAUAAGUUUGGUUUUGGGGAUCCCCGCCUACAGUUCUGGAUGGGCAAUGAGGCCCUUUAUGCGUUAACCAAUCAAGGAAAUUACUCCAUGCUGGUUGAUAUGUUGUCCUGCAACGGCAGAUAUUACUACGUCAAAUGGAACCUGUUUAGAAUUAAAAAUGAGACAAUGAAGUAUGCUGUAGACGCCAUAACUGUCGAGUCCUACAACACAACAACAAGUAUCGUUGGCAGAAUUCGAGGACGGGCCUUUGGAACAGCUGACAACAUCAAUGUUUACUCCCCUAAAUCUGGUAAAACGUGCGCCGAGCAUCACGGUGGUGGCUGGUGGUUUCAGACAUGCACUGAAUUUCACCUAACUGGAAAUUAUCCUAAUUGCGCUAAUAUUAGUAGUAACAAUGAUGAAAAUCAAAGGAAAAUGAAAUGCAUGGCCAUCUCAGGAUUUAAUUGUAACAUUGGAUGCCUGCUGCAAGCCGCUACGAUGAAGUUACGGCGAAAUAACUAGAUAUGUGAAGUUCACACGGAUAAUGAUGGUGUGUAAAAAAAUUUUGAUGAUGGAAACCAAGAGUUGUCUUCUUGUUAAGGGACAUAAUGCUACAUUUAAUUGAAAAACGCAGCACGUGGACAGAAUGCAUUGUUAAACUUCGCUAGUUUUGUUCACCUCAAUGACCAUGAUACAUUGAACACAUAUAGCAUAAAAAUGACACAUUUAACUAUCCAGUUAGCGCAACGUGUUGGACACAUUCAAAGGCACGCGCAGUGAACUUCUUAAACUACGUCAAACUACGUAAAAGGACAACGCCGUUUGAAGCUUGAUCCAUAUAUUGCAAUAUUUUGAA